CAAAGCCGGAGCCGCCGCGCUCUCGCGAGAGCCCGCCCGCCGGUAGCCACGGGAUGCGGGGCUCAGGUGCGGGCAGAGCGCAGCGCAGCGCGCCCGGCGCCGGGCAGCGGCAGGCAGCGCAGUGAGACGGCGGGGGCCGGAGGGAGCCUCGCCGCCCGCUCGCUCACCCAGCCCAGCCCCGGCCACCGCAGCAGCGGCGGCGGCGGGGGCAGGGUCCUCUGCGGCACCGCCGCCACCCGCCGCGGCUUCCCCUGGCGGGAGGAGAGCGCCCGGAGAGCACUUUUCCCCCGACUUUAGGAGUGUUUGUGGAUUUACAUGCCAAGCCAUCAAGAUGAUGUCCAUGAACAGCAAACAGCCGCAUUUUGCCAUGCAUCCCACCCUACCUGAGCACAAAUACCCCUCUCUACACUCCAGCUCGGAAGCAAUAAGAAGAGCAUGCCUACCAACUCCACCGCUGCAGAGCAAUAUCUUCGCCAGCCUCGAUGAGACGCUGCUGGCGCGGGCCGAGGCUUUGGCAGCCGUCGACAUCGCCGUCUCGCAGGGCAAGAGCCACCCGUUCAAGCCGGACGCCACCUACCACACCAUGAACAGCGUGCCCUGCACCUCCACCUCCACCGUGCCCCUGGCGCACCACCACCACCAUCACCACCACCACCACCAGGCGCUGGAGCCCGGCGACCUCCUGGAUCACAUCACCUCCCCAUCCCUGGCGCUCAUGCCCGGCGGCGGCGGCGGCGGAGGCGGCGGCGGCGGCCACGACGGGGCGGGCGGCGGCGGCGGCGGGGCCGGAGGCGGCGGGGGAGGCGGCGGCGGCGGCGGGGGCGGCGGCGGCCUCAUCUCCACCUCGGCCCACCCGCACUCCCACAUGCACGGGCUGGGCCACCUCUCGCACCCGGCCGCUAUGAACAUGCCGUCGGGGCUGCCGCACCCGGGGCUGGUGGCCGCGCACCACGGCGCCGCUGGGCAGGUGGCCUCGGCGGCUGCCGUUGUGGGAGCGGCGGGCUUAGCUUCCAUCUGCGACUCGGACACGGACCCGCGGGAGCUGGAGGCCUUCGCCGAGCGCUUCAAGCAGCGCCGCAUCAAGCUGGGGGUGACCCAAGCCGAUGUGGGCUCGGCGCUGGCCAACCUGAAGAUCCCCGGGGUGGGUUCCCUCAGCCAGAGCACCAUCUGCCGCUUCGAGUCGCUCACCCUCUCCCACAACAACAUGAUCGCCCUCAAACCCAUCCUGCAAGCGUGGCUGGAGGAGGCCGAGGGAGCCCAGCGGGAAAAAAUGAACAAGCCCGAGCUCUUCAACGGGGGCGAGAAGAAGCGCAAGCGGACUUCCAUCGCCGCCCCGGAGAAGCGCUCCCUGGAGGCUUACUUCGCCGUCCAGCCCCGGCCCUCCUCCGAGAAGAUCGCCGCCAUCGCCGAGAAAUUGGACCUCAAAAAGAACGUGGUGCGGGUUUGGUUUUGCAACCAGAGACAGAAGCAGAAACGGAUGAAAUUCUCCGCCACCUACUAA